UGCAAAACUAUAUUUAUUUUAUAUGAAAACUAAGUCCUAAAACAAACAAUCAAUUUAUUAUUAUUAUCACAUAAUUAGUACAAAUUUAGUGUAAUUUUUCAAUUGUAUAGUAAUUUGUUUAUUAUUUUUAUAUUUUAAUAACAAUUUGUUGUUUAAUUUGAUGAUAAUUUGUGGUCAAUAUGUGGAAAGUCCGCGAACUUUACGACAAAGCUACUAAUAUUGUCAUGAAUUACACGGAAGUUGAGGCCAAAGUCCGUGAGGCCACAAACGAUGAUUCCUGGGGUCCGACUGGACCACAGAUGACAGAGAUAGCCAGUCAUACCUUUACUUACGAGCAUUUUCCCGAAGUUAUGGGUAUGUUAUGGAAACGUAUGCUUCAAGACAACCGAUCCAAUUGGCGGCGAACCUACAAAUCAUUGCUAUUACUGGCAUAUCUGGUAAAGAAUGGCUCCGAACGGGUGGUCACAUCGGCCAGAGAGCACAUCUAUGACUUAAGAAGUCUUGAGAACUAUUCAUAUAUCGAUGAAAUAGGCAAAGAUCAGGGCAUUAAUGUUAGACAUAGAGUAAAGGCAUUGAUUGAUUUCAUUCAAGACGACGACAAACUAAGAGAGGAACGCAAAAAAGCGAAGAAAACCAAAGACAAGUUCAUUGGUGUCGCUUCCGAUCAAAUGGGAUAUCACUCAAAAUAUAGCGAUGGUUGGAAAGACCCGCCAACCCGUAAGUCCGACUUUGACGAAGACUUGGAUCGAAGUGAAAGAAAAUCGAAAAAAUUUGAAGACAAUGUCAGUGAAAAUAGUUUUGAUGACAAACCAGAGUUGAAUGACAAGGAAUCGUCAGUUGAUACGACAAAAGCUAGCAAUAAGAUAUCCAUUUCACGAAAUGAUUCAUCGGAUGUCAGUCCUAAAAGGACUGUCAAAUUGGACACAAUUAAAAAGAUAGAUAUGGGUGCAGCUGUCAACUUUGGCAAAAUUGAAGGCAACUCUCAAACAAAUCAGAUGCCAAACCUAUUAUCAACAACUUUACCCAUCAGUGGGAACAGCAAUAAAGUAAACAAUGAACAGCUAUUAGAAGAUAUUUUCAGUAAAACACCAGAUAAUGUGCCGACAAAUAAUUUUAACUCAUUUGUUAAUAAUAAUAAUAAUAAUAAACAUUUAACAAAAAAUUUAAUGAAUAGUAAUAAUAAUGGUUUAGAAGAUUUUGCUGAUUUCUCUACUUUUCAAAGCAGUUGCAAUGUCACCAAUUCAUCAAUAGAUGAAUUUGCCGAUUUCGCCACUCAUAUGUCUGCUCCAUCACCCGCUCAGUCGUCACAAAACUUAUUAUCUGAUAACACGCUAUUUAUGCAAUCAAGUAAUCCGUUCUUAGGUAUCACUAAUUCAAUGUCACCAAUGAUGAGCUCAAACACAGCUGGUGUUAUGACACCCAUAUCCAGCAACCCGUCCCAUAAUUUAAUAGCUCAGUCGACUGAUUUAUUAUCAAAUACCGAUUCUGUUUCAAAUGUUAUAACAAGUGGAACCAUUGAGACACUAACCUCUCAAAACAACACAUGGAGUGACUUAAGUAAAAAUAUUAAUAUUAAUGUCGAUAACCUCUUGAGCACUAAAUUUGAAAAACAAAAUGUUCCGACAAUGAAUCAGUUGGCCCGUCAGGUCAAUAAUAUUUCAAUUAAGCCAACAACAGGUCAGCAGCCAAUCAGUCUCACCAAUAACUUUGGAUUUGGAUUAACUCCACAGACAAUACAAAGACCAUUAGUAGGUACGGGUAUGAGUCCAUUACAAUCGCCAACCCAAAUGCAGAGACCUGUUAGUCCCAAUCAAUGGCCAAACAAUAAUAUACAAGGAUUCAGUGGAAUGGGAGGGUUGUAGCGUUUUUAUGGUAAUUUAAUAUUUUAAUUAAUUAAUGUAAUGUUAUUAAAUUGAAAUUGGUUUUAGAUGAUUAACGAUAAAAAAGUUUAAUAUUAAAACUAAUUUUUAUGUAUAAAAUAAUGCCAAUGCAUUUAAUAACUUUUUUAUAAUCAAUUAAUAGCUAAUUGAAAAUAUCCAGAAUAUAUUGUUAAAUUUUCAUAUCAUCUAAAUUUAUAAUACAGUAAUAUAUACUAAAAAUAUAUUUCUUAAAUACAUUAUAAUAU